AUGGCAAUCGACGAUUCUGCCCAAGACAAGACGAAGGCAAGUGCCCGACUUGAGCAGAUACAGCAGCAGGUCUCUGCAAAAUCCAACGCUCGCCGCCAGAAGAAGACAAAAUCAUCCGAAGGUCCGGCAGACUGGUCCGAUGUGAUGGCGGAGCUGGAUCAAGUUCGGAAACUCGCGCAAACCCCGAAGACCAACACCACUGGUUACAUUCGUCACAAAGAGGCAGGAAAGCUAUGGGUGAGGGAGAGGGUCGAAAUGCUUCUUGACCCGGGAAGUUUUCGAGAAGUCGGGAGUGCUGCUGGCACAGCUACAUGGGUCAAAGCCAAUUCUUCGUCGGAUAACGUGGUCGAGGCGGAAAGAGAGAUCAUUGCCGACUUCGUUCCCAGCAAUAAUGUUCAAGGUUUUGGGAACAUUCGGGGUCGACGGGUAUUGUUGACGGCCGACGACUUCACUCUUCGCGCAGGCCAUGCAGACGGAGCGCUCAUGGCAAAGACACUUUACAUGGAAAAGCUUGCAGUACACAUGAGGCUUCCCAUGAUCAAAUUGGUUGACGGCUCCUCAGGCGGUGGCUCAAUAACGACCUACCGGGUUCAGAAAGCGUCUUACAUUCCGCAGCUGGAAUUGUUGCCGUGGGUGAUGCGGCAAUUGGACUUGGGCAUCCCGAAUUGCGCUGCCGUGGUCGGUCCGGCUGUUGGCCUGGGUGCCGCGCGAGCAGCCGGAUGCCACUUCUCCGUCAUGGCAAAUGAUAUCGGGUCACUCUUCAAUGCUGGACCAAAGGUGGUCGAGGGAGCCACGUUCGAAGAAGAUCUGAGUCCGCAGGAACUUGGCGGAGCGGAGAUUCAUUGCUGCAAUGGAGUCAUCGACAACUUGGCGGCAGACGAGCGUGGAUGCUAUGAUCAGAUAGCUCAGUUCUUGCAAUAUGUUCCGAAUCACGGCGGGGUGUUACCACCUGUCGUGCCGUCCGCGGACGAGCCCAACAGAAUGUGCCCUGAAUUGAGGGAGGCCAUACCGAGAAGGCGCCAACGUUCCUACGAUGUCAGAUCGAUCAUCAACCGCCUUGUUGACGGGGAAUCGUUCUUUGAAAUCGGUCGGCUAUGGGGCAGGACGGUCGUGGUGGGCCUAGCCCGCUUAGGUGGCCGGCCAGUGGGCAUUUUCGCAGAUGAUCCUCAAUUUAAUGCCGGAGCUAUGGAUACUCCCGGCUGCCAAAAACUAAUGAAGCAUAUCAAACUGUGUGAUGUGAUGGGCCUACCCUUGAUACAACUUUUGGAUAUCCCAGGGCGAGUGGCCUCCUCCAAAAAGCAGAGGAGUGCUUGUAUGAAAUGGGCAAUGGAGCUGUGCAAGGCCUACUUUGCGACUACAAUUCCUAUCUAUACCAUCAUCAUUCGGCGAUGCUAUGGUAUCGGAGGGGCGAUUCUCGUUGACAACCGGAAUCCAAAUUGCCGGGUCGCAUGGCCAUCCGUGAAUUGGGGUUCACUUCCGCUUGAUGGUGGGAUUGAAGGCAUGCAAUUUUUCAACCAUCGAGCCGAGCUCCGAAGAGCUGGAGACAAUUACAAACAGGUCUACAACCGACUCGAAGCCGAGUACCUCAACCUGAUGAAUCCAGUCCGCACAGCGAAUUAUUUCGGGAUAGAAGAGAUUAUCGACCCGGCAAUGACAAGGUCUCUAGCUUGUGAAUGGACAAAGGACAUGUAA